AGUGUAUUGUGAUAUUGCCUUUAUGAUUCCUUGGCGCUAGUUAUGUUCAGCUGACACAAUCUUUUCGCGCGUAAUCAGUAAAAUAGGCGCGAUUUUACCUCCAUACGUGGAGUAGUAGUGCAGCAGCUAGGAAGACUCACAACUGGAUAAGGAGCGUCUUGAGUUUUCAAAAGGUUUAACGGACUUUUGGCGACACCCUUGAUCAUCAAGCGCAACCGGAUACGUAUAUAUUCGUAUAUAAAAAAUGUCUCAGCCGUCAGUAGCGGCGUUCUUUAAUACGCGAAAACGGCAAGCUCCUGAUGAUUUACGAAGUAAGUCCAAGGUCCUAAUUUUAGAGCAGGAACAAACGAACCUGGUGAGCGAUGCUGAAGAAAGUAGUGAGAUUAAGCGAUCGGAGUCUUCGGGUUCACCAUUAACUAUUACUGAAGAAAAUACUGGUCGAGCGACUCCCAAACUCGUGUGUUCUUCUACUAACGAUAUUGAGAGCAAUUCCUUGUGUUCUGAAAGGGUACCUAGGAUUGUGAUCAAGCAAAACCCUGCUGUAAGAAACAUCCAGUUUGAUUCUGUGAAAAGUAAUACUCAGAAGACUUCUACAAUGAACACUAGAAACAGAUCAAUAAGGUCUCGCAAGCAUUCUUCUCAAGAUGGUCAGAUUGAUAUUCGUGAAACUUUUUUGAAGAUUAGUAGCAAGACUGAUGAAGCCAAGAAUGUUGUUUUUGAAAAGAAAGGUGCCUUGAGUCCCACUAAGAAACGUUCAGCUACUCCUAAGAAGAAUCAGCCUGUUGUAACAAAGAUUGUUAACGGUACAAAUGAGCCACCUGCAGCUGGUUCUAUUACUCCAAAGAAAGGUUCACUUAUGGAUAGGUUGAGUAAGCAAGAUAUGAGUCUAUCUGAGAUCAAGAAUAGGAUCAAUAAGUCUGGAAGACUAGCAGAGCUCAAGGCUUCCAUUACCAGAAUCAAAAACUGCGAAGCUAGGCUUGAUAAUCUCAAUAAUAAGGAUGACAUUCGAAAACCACAAAUAAAAAAGUUUGAGAGAAUUCAACUAGAAGUUCCUGUUAGUCCACAGAAAAGCAAUCAGUCGCCGAGUAAGUCGUUCUUAAGUCCAACAAAAAAUAUAGAUCUUCCCAAGAAUGCCAGUUCUCAACGUAGACUACUGUUUGCUCCAAAGGAGUCAACACCAAGUCCAGUAAAGAGCAGCCCAACUAAAGCUCCAGCUUAUCAAAGAUUCCAAUCCUUGUCUGACAGUGGUCCUCUUGCUUUACCACUACCUUACAGUUAUCGAUUUCUGGCAGAGGUUUUCCGAUGCGUCGAUACGGUUGCAGCAAUGUUAUUCAACCGCAAGGAACUUAUAACAUUCAAGAAACUAAGACCAGGGGUUCAAGAACAACUACGCCGUAACUUUACUCUUGACCAUCUAGCUCAGAUAAAGACAAUCUAUCCUGAUGCUUUUACCUUUCAUCAGGAGAAGCACAGAAGCUUUGGGUCUGUUUCCCAGCAAGAGAAAUACGAGCUGGUAAUCACACCUGUGGUAGAGGUAAAGAGUGGCCGUAAUACACCAGAUGCUGAUGAUGUACUAAAAUCAGCUUCUGAGAGCAGCAUGAGCCCUGCAGUAUUAUUAAAAAGGAGAAGAAAAUUCUUCAAUACCCUUUUAGAAAAAGUUAAGGACGAGCACGAAAAGUUCCUAUUAGGUUUGGAAAUGCCUAUGGUCAUUAAAAAGGAAAAGAUCACCAGGUGGCAUCCUGAGUUUGACGUGGAGAGUUGCAAAGAAAUCGAACGUGCUGAAUUGCCUGAACCACCCAAUGUUGAUAAAGCUUCUUCAGCUAAGGAUGUUCUAGAAAAAGCAAAAACUCUGUUUAACUGCAACACACGCAUGGAAAAAGCUUUGCAGCGGUUAGUUGAGGCUCGAAUGACUUCAAAAUCAACUUCCUCACCGCUAACUUUGGAUUCAAUCACUAAUGAUGUUACUACCCAAGUGACUGAAGAGGGUGUUCGAAACGUUGAGAUAUCAGUGGUAGAUACUCCUCCUGCAACACCAACGACUCAGAGUAGCUUCCUGAGUACUGCUUUCAAAGGAAUCCCCAAAGCACUUCUCGAGAAGGUUCGUGCCAAGCAAGCCGCUAAAGCUUUAGAAGCUAUGACGAGAACUCCUAAGGCAGAAAAAGAAGCAACAAUUUAUUCAAGACUCCCAGAACUCGCUAAAAUUUUGCGCAAUAUAUUUGUGGCCGAGAAAAAGGGCGUCCUCACUGUGGAAUUGGUCAUUCAGAAGCUUGAUAACUCUUAUCGCACAAAGUUAACGCCCAACGAACUUGAGGAACAUAUACGUUUAUUAUGCAAGCUUCUGCCUACUUGGGCAAGUUUACACGUUGUCAGAAAAAUUGAUUAUCUCAAGCUAGCAAAGGACGUCGAUAUCGCUAAGGUAGUUAAAAGAUUGGAAAUACUGGCCAAUGACAAGGUAAAGGUAUAACAGUAAUUUCCACAGUAAAACUUAAAGGAAUAAAGAAAUAUUUAUGAUUUUUAUCUUCACGUGCACCGAAUACACUAAUUCAUUAUACUUUGAUCACAUUGAAAACAACAGAUCUUAAGAUUAAUUAUUUACGCUGACUGUAUAUACGUGGAAGAGUUAGUGGCUGAUUCAACAUUUUUUUGUUUUUGUUGUAAUGCAGUUUUGAAUUCUUCUUUGACAGUCUUAUGCAAGAUAUAUCAGCAAAUGAAUUUUUUAUGCAUUCACUUUCUUGAAUAAUGAAAUUAUAAUUUCGCAUGCCUAAGUUAAAUACGACUCUUCUACGUUAAGUGUCAAAGGGAAUAAAACGCACGCCAAAAAAUAAAUUAAUACAAUUAAAAUGCUACUAGCAGACAAAGAACUUGUUGUGACGCUGCAUUACACUCCGCACAGUUGAUUAACAAAAAUCGAUUAAAAAAAACGUGAGACUGUUUUGUUGGGUAUUAUGCACAGAUAAUACAGAUCGCGUAUAGGGAUACUUAAUAUACAUAUAUUACAUUAUUUUCAUUGCACAUUGCAUACUUUAAGUGAAACUUUGUAUACAUAAUAUUAAUAUACACUUUUGAUAAAAAUGAUUAUAAAUCAACGAAAUUGUACAAUCUAAGGAGUAAUACGACAUAACUCCAGUAGGCGAUACAAUUUUCAAAUAAAUUAUUUAGGAUAUCUACAUAAGUAUGAUUUUCAAUCUUGGGAAUUUGUGUAUGCUAUUUUUUCACGCAAUAAAAGUUUACAAACAUCA